ACAGCAGCAGCAGUAGCGGCGGCGGCGGCGGCGGCGGGGGCGGCAGACCCACGCGGAUUCCGAACCGCAACAAGCCAAGUCGUUCGAGGGCGGAGGACCUCCCAGAGAAAAACGAGUUAUCACAGAAGGCUGUCUUGUCUUCGUCGAACAGCACCCGAGGAUAUUUGGAAGCCGGAAACAAGGCCCGGUUGAGCGAACCGGCGGAAGCGGCGGCGGCGGGAAUGGCAUCGCCUGCGGUGGCAUCGACGGCGUCGGCUGGGUGCCAACAACAGGGCAGGAGGCGGAAGCCGAAGGUCGUGUUCCACGUUACUGGUUUCGGGGUGUUCAAUGGCGUAGCCGACAACCCAACCACGCACCUCGUGAACGAUCUGCAGGGAGAGCUGGAAGCUCGCCGACGCGGCGCCGGCGGCGCCGGCCAAGGCAAGGGGGGACAGCGGAUAGGAACGAUGGGGCAGGGCGGGGGGUAUGAAACUCCAGCCAUGGACGGGAAUGACCGAGAAGAGGACUUCGAAGUCCAGUCGUGCACGAUCCUCCAUGUCUCGGCCGAGGUGGGCGGUCGUCAGCUCAGGGAGCUUCACGCCGCGAGCUCGGCCUCCUCGAGGGGGGGCGGCGGGAGGGAAGCGGUGUUGAAAGGUGACCCUGCUGCUACGGUGGGUGGCGGCACCGGGGGUCUCGGAAACGCGAGCGCUACCGCCGCGGGCGGGUGCGGUGGUGGCAGUGGCGAGGGGGGUAAGUGCGCCGACGAAGGGGGCGGCCCCGGCUGCGCGAACGCCGAGCAAGGUGAUGCGACCACCGGCGGCAACGCCACUGCAGUCAACGGCGAUACCGACGAAAAGGUGCGUAAGGAUAAAGACGAUGAUGAAAGCGUCGCCACGGUCUUCUUGCACUGCGGGGUUAACGGCGGGUCCAAGAGGUUCGCGCUGGAGACCCGGGGGUUCAACGAGGCGACCUUUCGCGUCCCGGACGAGCAGGGAUACCGCCCCUCCUUCGCCCCCGUCGAGCAGGACAACCCCUUCACGGGACACUGUCGAGUCACCACCGUACCCGUCGCCGACGUCCUCGCGCGCCUCGAGAGAUCGGGCUGGGGGCGGGAGUACGUCGAGGAGUCCAAGGACGCGGGCCGGUUCGUGUGCAACUACGUCUACUACUCCUCGCUCGGCCUUUGCGAACGGUCCGGGGAACGGGCGCCGGCGACGGUGGCUGCGCCCGGGAAAGGUGGAGCAGAAGAAGUCGCGCGGCCUUCGGAAGAGGGUGGGGAAGUAAUGGACGCCUUUUGUUUCAGCAGAGACGGGAUCAGCAAGGUCGCUGCUGGAGCAGCCACGGGACCCGGUGAGCGCCGCAGCCUGGAUUCGGGUAACGAGGCAGAGGACGCCUUCUGCUUCAGCGGCGACGGCGGCGGCGAGGUCGCCGCCAGAACGGCGGGAGCCUCUCCGGCUCCGAGCGGGCGCCACAGUCUGUUCAUCCACGUACCUCCUUUCGAAGCCAUCCCCAAGGAGACGCAGCUCGCGUUACUUGUGGCAUGUCUCUCGGCGAUCGCGUCGUCCCUGGCGUCGCAUCCGUCGGCAGUACCCCGAGAGUCCGGUGGCAACAACGGUCUCCUCGGCAGGGCCCCCUCCGUUGCGCCAGCGGCUGCAUCAUCGCCGCCCCCGCCGCUCUCUCUGUCCACGUACGAGGCAGCGGUUCUAGCGGCCGGGCCAGAGGUGUGUUCGCCGGACCCUCCCGCCCCGCUCCCCUCCCCAGACAACGCCGCUAUGAGCAGCAGCGGCGACGGUGUUGGAUCGCCGGUGCCCCCAAGUUCGACCGGAGGGGCGUCGUCAAUAUGGGAACGGACGCCUCGAGAGCAAGGGGGUGAAAGUGGGGUCGCGCUUGAUGGUGGUGGCGGUUGUGGUGGUAACAUGGGGCGGGAGAAGCUGGUUCAGUUUGCGCUGGAUGGGCUUGUGGACAACGAAGCGGAAGGUGGUGUGGGAAACCGUGGCGGGGGUGGGGACAAAAUCUACCCGGAAGGAACUGGAGGGCACAGCGGCAGCGGUGAAGGUCAGGCAGGCGAACUCAACGACGACGACGAGGAGGAGGAGGAGGAGGGGCAGGAAGAGGGCGAGAUGCCGGCUGAUGCGACCCGCCGUAGGCUCAUCGAGGCCGGCUUCGACGAGCUCGACGUAGACGCGGCCAUGGCCACCACGGGCAGCGACAGCACCGACGUCAACAUGCAGUUCCUGCUCGACAUCACCCCGCUUCUCCCCCGCGGGGCCCCCUCCGACGCAGGCGGGCUCUACCCCAGGGAGUUCGCCACCAAUGAGCCUGCGACCGGUAGACCCGCCGGCGGCAGCGGCGGCGUCGGUGCCAACGGCGACCGCGGCAGGGUCGAAACAACGUCGCAUCACCGGCGGGGCGGCAGCGGUAGCUGGGGAGCGAAUCGGCCCAAGGGCAGGGGCGGGGUUUCGCCCGCGGGGAUGGGAGGCGUGUCUCCGAAGUGGAUAGGAGACGUUUCGCCCGCCCGUGACGGCGUGGACAGGGCCCCCAGCGGCUUUGGAGGGUCCACGAAGUCGUCGUCCGGCGGGGGCGGGGGACUGCUCAGCAGGUUCCGGCGCGGCCACCGCAAGAGGCCGAACGCCGCUUCGCCGGCGAGCGAGGGCACCGCCGAGGGUGACGCUGGAGAACGCUCGUCCGAGCAGAGAGCGUUGUCGUCGUCCUCCUCCUCGCCGUCGUCACGGCUGGUACCCUCCUCCUCCGCCACGUCGCCCCCGCCGCAACCCAACCGCCGCGCCGCCGCGCACGGCAUACGUUCUCACAGCCCGCCCCCGGUGCGAAGCAUCGGGGCAGGGAACGGGUUCCGCGACGAGCGGAAUCGGAGGGGAUCGUGGUCGAGAGCGAGCGCGUUUUCCGCGGCCGCCGGGUGGGGGGAAACGUCCCUGUCGGGCCCUAACCUCACACUGGCGCUGCUGGUGCGGCUGGACCUUGGGAUGUCCCCCGGGACACUCGCGGCGCAGUGCGCGAAGGCAGCGCUGGCGGCGGCUCGGAAGGCGGAGGGCAGCGGACGGUCCGACACCCUUGCGGUUUGGAGGGAGGCCGGGGAGUCGAUGAUUAUCCUUGGAGCGGAGGAUGCCGCGAACCUGGACGCGAUUCUUGUGGUGGGAGCUUCAUCUCACCUGCCCAUCACCAUGGUCCGAGACAAGCAAGCGGCGUGGGUGGGGAACGUGCGGGCGGACACGUGCACGGUUGCGGCGAUAGGCCCGGCGCCCAUGUCGUCCCUUCGCACCAUCGCCGGAGGCCUGCGUGUGCUGUAGAGCAGGCGCUUGUCUCGGCCUCCUGCCUUGCGCCUCGCCUAGCUAACCCUCUUUUUUCUCCAGAGUAGUAGGAGGAAAACGCUGUUUUGAUUUGCGGUGCGUCAGCAGCUCCUCCGAACGGUCGAGAGCGACGUUCUAGAACGGGAGCAUGGUCCCGCCUAGAGGUAUGUUUGGAUGACCUCGCUCUCGACAUGGCUUGGAGUGUGAUGUUGCCUGACUCUAAAUCAUGGUCGUUUUGUGGGAUGUGGUGAGGUCGAGCCGACCGGUUCCUAUCGCAUGGAAGGGGAGUUGUGGUCAUGGUUCCCUGGCGCACGUUUUUUCUUCUUCUUUAAGUGCUUGCCAUGCAGAAUUGCAAGCACGAGAGAUGUUUCUCCUCCUCAGUUGGGACGUUGGCGAAGCAUUGGCAACGCAGUAAAAGCCCAAUACCUUAUCUUGUGCUGCCCUCUCUCUGUGACGAAGCCAUGCUUUCAAACCGUAAAUAGUCGCUUUCCGUAGAAUAUAGUAGAAAGUCUUCCCACGAUGUUAACUUUUUUUGUUUAGAGUACUUUCAAGGUGUGGUUUCCGCCUGUUGGGAGUACUAUUUGUGGUCUACAAGAAUAGGGCUUUCGGGUCGCCGCGUUUUUAGCGUCUAUUGCCCCCCCUGUCACCAAGAGCGUGCCUUUACGCUCCUUCUGGACUGCUUGUAUCUGUUGUGUGGGCAAUCUUGUCCGCUGUGCUAAUUGUUAAUCAACACCCGGCUUCUUUGUUUUGCCUCCCAAGUACCCUCUAUACUCCCCGGCUGACAUGUAGGCCGUCCACAUCAACUUGCCCCUGAAGAGGCAAUCCUUUUGUUUUCAUUUUUUCUUUUCAUGUGUUGACGUCCAAGGGAAAUGCUUCCUAUUGUGCUCAUUCCGUGCUCGCUAUUUUUCUUUGUUCCACAACCCUUAGAAGGGUUUAUUUUCCCUCUCAGGAUAUCUUUAUUCGUGGUGCGGACAUUUCGCAGGUGUUAGAUGUCCGCGGGAGUAUUUCGAGAAAGCACUGUGACGAUUGCAGCAAGCCUGUUUCGUGCCUCGUCAGGUGUUGUGUAUUUCGUGUCGACGUGAUGUACUCCAUAUUUUUUCGGACCGGAAGGUGUUUUACAAAUCACCGUGAUCAUCGUGCCCGCUGUGAACUGAACGGCGGGGGCGGGUACGGCCGUGAGUGUAGGAUAACGCUUGCUGCUGCCUGGUUGGAUUUCUGAAGGCUACUUUUGUAUUAAGCUGUAGCUGUGUUUGAAUUGAAGCACACAACGCCGGGUCUCAAGCAGGAAGCUCGAAAUUGGGCAUUGCCAAUCGUAAGGAACGCAGUUUGGCACACUUGCCACCCUGGACGCACUUCUGACUCAUAUUUUUGGGGUACAGGCCUACCAAGUUUCUUGUUUCUUGCAGGGUUGGGGUUUGCCAGUCAUGGGCGUGAUCGUCCCGUGUUGGGCUGAGCUCGGAGAUCGUCCGCUAUAACAGGGGCUGGUGUUGGGGUGUCGAAAGUACUUGUAUUUGUAGAGCCUUGCAGUUAGGGCCUAGGUUCGUUUCUUAUUUGUCUAUGGGGUACUGCUGCAUAUCCCCACGACGCCUAUUUAUAUAUACCGGUCGUCCAGGUGGUCUGGUGGNGGAGGUAGCCUAUAAUACAAGCUAUCGCCCGGUACCCACAAAUACAUCAUACUCCUCUUCAUGCCCGAGAACGAGCUGUUGGCGCGAGGGGUGGCUUAAGCGUUCGUUAAUUGGCCGGUUUACUCUAGACUUCAUAAGUCGCGAGGGAAGAAAGGACUGCUGUACCCUUCUCGCGAUAAAAAUAUCUCAGGCAGGAACCGCAGGAGGGUGUACAACCCCCCCCUCCUGUGUGACCCCGGUUGGGUCGUCUAGCUGGUAGAACUGGAGGAUAGGGGCCAGAGGGGCAGCCGACAGCGUCCAAUGAUGGGAGACAAAAAAAAAAUAUAUAUAUAUAUAGGUUUUAGUGUAAGGUCCUUGGUAGAGAACGAACCUGUUCCUAUGGUCAAGUUGUUCAGUGCUUGAUUUCCGCGCCAUACGUUCUUGGAGAUGGUGUCAAACCACCACGCACAUGGGCCAUUUUGCUUCGCAAUUCGUUGUCGAUUCAGCCUGCGUCGGGGGUGCCAGCUCUUGGAUUGGUUCGUGGGCCAACCGUAAUUACGCAACGACCGGUUGGUCGUUUUCUUUCGGGACGCUGCCAUGCGAUUCGGAGUGAGGUGUGGUGUUCUUCAAGAAGGGCGCGGGGGGGUGCUAGCUGUUGAGGAAAAUUCUCAGUCGUAAUGCUAGCCACGGCUGGCCUGGUCCCCACCAUUUGUCGUGAUAUUGAUUGUCGUUGUUUCUUGUCGUUGUUGAUUGUGCUCGGGUAGUGGUUGUCCGGGAGAAGAUCGAUUGCCAGUUCUUUUUUUUCCAGGAAAGGAGAGGUGCUGGCGGUACACGUGAAGCUUUUCUGUGCCACCUUAUAUGCCGCCGCCCACAUAGUCUAGAUAUUGUAUUAAUUUGUCGCUUUUCGCGUUGCGUCGUGUCGUCAUGUGUGCGUUGCAAGGGGAUUUUUCCUUCCGGUAGAAAGACCGAGGGCGGUGUAUUGAGUUUGGAAGGAUGGUUUUUGCAAGGCGAUGAACCAGAGAAAGCACUGCUGUGUCACAUAAUCUUGUUUGUUGGGGAACGGCGGCCGGGUGUUGCUGUUUUGGCGUUUGUUGUCCCAUCUGGGCCAGCCGCCGUGGUCUGUAUGCCUGCAGUGCACCCCUUCGUGGUACAGGCAGACGUCGUUCGGCGAUAAAUACUCGAUGAUUGACUGAA